AUGGGCCAGCAGCAGGUUGGCACCGAGGCGCUCCUGGCCGGCGUGCUGAAGCAAGGAGGCGGCGUGACGGAGAAGGUGGUCAAGAAGCUGAAGCAGCUGGACGUGGAGGGGGUCACCAAGGCGGUGACGCAGCGCGUGGGCCAGGGCAGCGGCCCGGUGCCGCAGGACCUGCCCUUCUCCAAGGAGUGCAAGAAGGUGCUGGACAUGGCCGUGGAGGAGAGCCGUCAGAUGAGCUCCGCAGCCAUUGACUCAGUCCACAUCUUCCUGGGUCUGCUCAAGUACCUGCAGGACGCCGAGGACGGGCUGCGUGAGCUCCUGCCGCUGGAGCCGCAGAAGCUGAUCGACGAGGUCAAGGCGGAGAUCCAGCGCGUGGAGGAGGAGGCGGCGGCCACCGGCGAGAGCGCCGGGCUGCUGAAGAAGAAGGCCACCAAGGCCCUGGAUGAGUUUGGCAAGAACCUCACCGAGGCCGCCGCGAACGGCCUGAUGGAUCCCCUGGUGGGCCGGGAGGAGGAGAUCGGCCGCGCCAUCCAGAUCUUGGCCCGGCGCUCCAAGAACAACCCGGUGCUCAUCGGGGAGCCGGGCGUGGGCAAGACGGCCAUCGCCGAAGGCCUCGCCAUGCGCAUCGUGGCGGGGGAUGUGCCGGAGAUGCUGCUGGACAAGCAGAUCAUGGAGCUAGACAUGGGUGCCCUGUUGUCAGGUGCCAAGUACCGUGGCGAGUUCGAAGAGCGGCUCAAGAACAUCAUCCAAGAGGUCCGCGACGAUCCGAACAUCAUCCUCAUGAUCGAUGAGAUCCACACGCUGGUGGGCGCUGGAGGGGGUGGAGACGGCGGCUCCAUGGAUGCCGCCAACAUCCUCAAGCCCGCGCUGGCACGAGGCAACAUGCAGGUCAUCGGAGCCACCACCGUGGAAGAGUACCGCAAGUACGUGGAGAAAGACAAGGCGCUGGAGCGCCGCUUCCAGCCCGUGUCGGUGCCGGAGCCCACCAAUGAGGAGGCGGUGCAGAUCCUGCGGGGCAUCGCGCGGAAGUACGAGGCCCACCAUCGGAUCCGCUACUCCGAGGAGUCCCUGGAGAGCUGCGUGAAGUUCGCGUCCCAAUACAUCCAGGACCGUUACCUCCCAGACAAGGCUAUUGACUUGCUGGACGAGACGGGCGCGCGCGUGCAGCUUAGGCAGCUGGCGGCGAUCCCAGAGGAGGCCUUCGAGGUGCGCGGCGAGCUGCGGGACGUGGAGGCGGAGAAGGAGGAGGCCGUGCGGCUCCAGGAUUUCAAGAGAGCGGCCGAGCUGAAGAACAAGGAAGAUGAGCUGAACUGCAGGCUGUACCAGGUCAUGAAGCACAGUGGCGAGGAGCGGGAGGCACCUCCCGUGGCUGAGGAGGAGGGAAAGGAGAAGGAGGCCAAGGAGGAGGUGGAGCUGCCGCCCCUGAACGCGGAGGAUAAGGAGGCGGCCCUGUCGAAGCCCAUUGUCACCGAAAACGACGUGGCGUCGGUGGUUUCUGCUUGGACCAAGGUGCCGGUCGAGAAGGUCUCCGCGGACGAGUCCGUGCGCCUGGUGCAUCUGGAGGACACGCUGCACAACCGCGUCAUCGGCCAGGAGGAGGCUGUGACGGCCAUCGCGAAGGCGGUGCGCCGCGCAAGGGCAGGCCUGCAGAACCCCAAGAGGCCCAUCGCUUCCUUCAUCUUCUGCGGGCCCACAGGUGUUGGCAAGACAGAGCUGUGCAAGGCUCUGUCGGAGGCGUACUUUGGCAUGGAGGAUGAUGCCAUGAUCCGCUUGGACAUGAGCGAGUACAUGGAGAAGCACACCGUGGCCAAGCUGAUUGGCAGCCCGCCCGGUUACGUGGGCUACGAUGAGGAGAGCCAGCUGACGGAUCCCGUGCGGCGGAAGCCGUACAGCCUGGUCUUGUUCGACGAGGUGGAGAAAGCGCACCCCGACGUCUUCAACCUCAUGCUGCAGGUCCUGGAGGAUGGGCACCUCACGGACUCCAAGGGCCGCCUUGUGUCCUUCAAGAACACGCUCAUCAUCCUGACCUCCAACUGCGGGGCGAAGGAGAUCGAGAAGACGCUGAUCGGCCAAGGCCUCGGCUUCGACGCGGGCGAAGACGAGCCAGGGGUGUCCAUGUACCAGCGGCUGAAGACCAAGGUCCAUGAGCAGCUGAAGGGCUUCUUUAGGCCGGAGUUCUUGAACCGCCUGGACGAGAUCAUCGUCUUCAAGUCCCUGAAUAAGCAGGAGGUCCGGGAAAUCGCGGAGCUCGAGUUCAGAAAGACCUUCAAGCGCUGCCAGGAGCGAGGCAUCACGCUCUCUCUCACCGACCGCUUUAAGAGCAAGGUGGUGGACGAGGGCUACGACCCCGUGUACGGCGCCCGGCCUCUGCGGCGCGCCAUCAUGCGCUUGUUGGACGACAAGCUGGCGGAGGCCUUUUUGAACGAGCCCACCGUGGAGGGCGAGUGCAUCAUUUGCGACAUCGACGAGGAGCAGGAGGUGAUAGUUUUGAGGCAGAAGCUGAGAGAAGGCGAGGCGGAAGCCGAGAGCAAGGUGGAGAUGGACGUGGUCCAGAACAUGCAGGCGUGA